GACUGAUUCCAGAUCUCGGGCUGCCUUUAUGAGUGUGUGGUUUUUGGGUUUGUUGUUGGAGUGUAACUAUGGCAAAGGCUGAGAAUGCGGAGCCUGGAAGCUGGGCUGUGUCCGUGUGACACCACACAGGCUGGGAGCACAGCAAAGGGUAAUCAGGCAGUGGCAGGGCUGAGGGCAGGCAAGCGGCUCAGUGACAUGGACGACCCCAACUCGUGUGAGUCGUCGCCGCCGCUGCUGCUGCGGAGGAAAGUGCGACUCAGUAAAGACCAUCAUAGCAUCUACGCUCUGCGCUUCUCAGCCGACAGCAAGCGGCUGGCUGUGGGCUUCGGCAACGGAGCCGUGCAGCUACUGGAGGCCGAGACAGGGGCAGUGCAGAGGGAGGUUUGCCAGGGACAUCGCACCCAAGAAGCCGCCAUGUGCAUCUCGUUCCACCCGCUGCAGCCCAGCCUCCUGCUCGUGGGCAGCGCCGACGGGAACCUCAACAUCUACGAUUGGGAGCUGGGCUCCGAACCUGUCACUAUCUCUGGUUCUGCUUUUACUGCAGAAGAAAACAACGAGAUCAAUGCACUGGACUUCUCUCUGGACGGCGGCAUUUUUGCCACAGCCGGAAAAGACAGGAGCAUCCGACUGUACGACAGCCUCACCAACCAGGUGUGUAAUGUGUUUGAAGCCCCUGAUGUCCGCUCCUGGGAUGACCUGUCGCUGACCAGUGGCCACACCAAACGUAUCUUUGCGCUGAGAUUCCACCCGGAGGAGCACCACACCUUCCUGACCGGAGGCUGGGACCGCGCCCUGAAGGUCUGGGACAAACGGGCGGCAAAAUCCGCUCAGCGCUCGAUUGGGGGCCCACACAUUUGUGGUGCCGGCAUCGACAUCCAGGGGAAUUCUGUGGUGACGGCCUCCUGGGUGCCCAGUGAGGCGCUGCAGCUGUGGGACCUGCGGAGCCUCCGGGUGGAGAAGGUGCUGCGGUUCCCGACCAGCCUGAGCCAGGGACAGUUCCUGUACACGGCCCGAUUCUGCCACUCGGACUGUGUCCUGGCCGGAGGCAGCGGCACCAGCAGUGCCCACAUCACCAACAUCAAUACCAACCAGGUUCUGGGUGGGAUCCACCUCAAUAACAAAGCGGUGCAGACACUGGACUCGGCACUGGGUGGGCAACUUAUCGCAGUCGGAGGCAUCGGGGGCAACCUCAGCAUCGGGGGGCUGCAGAGAGCAUUGGGGGGCAGUUGCCACCCGCAGCUGUCCCUGUGAUCGCUGCCCUACCCCACCCCCAAACCAACACAACGUGAACUGACACACACCGGGGCAAAUAACGUGCAUUCACUGUGAAAUUAAACAACUGAGAAAGAGA